AUGGCGACAGGCGUCAGUGUCAACCCUGCCCCAAUCGGGCCUCCUUCAACAAUGUAUCCUGGUCCUCCUCACCAGUCUUACCCUACUCCUACCAUGUCCUCGAUGCCAUCGCGACUGCCCAGUCACAAUAACCCUCCACAUGCGUUGCGAAGAUCGAUGGAUUUGGACCAAGAGCCAUCACCAGUUCAACCGCCUCGACAAUCAUUACCAUCAAUACACGAAGCGCUCGGUAACGAUAAUCCUCUUCCUUACCCUGGGCCCUCUCCUUCGGGUCCUCCAUCGCACUCUCAUACAGCUCCGAACCUGCUCUCUCGUCCUAGCACCGAGGGUCCCGCCGGUCCACCCAAUCCUUUCUCCUCAACUAAUAACUCUAACACAGCGCCAUAUUUGCGCGAACCACAAUAUAACUCACAACAAGGUUCGACAGCCGCGGCGGACCAACAACGAAUCAGUAUGGUCUCGCUGUCCACCCAAGGUUCUCGAAAACAAUCUCUUCAGUCUCUUUCCGGAAAGUCUCCCACCAGCAGUUCGAAAACUGCACCAACUACCAUAUCCCAAGGUUCCGCUCCCUACUCGCCAAAUAGCUAUGGGUCUUAUCCGUCACAACCUUAUUCUUGGCCAUCACAACCACCGGCACCUUACGAUGGUCGCGCUUACAAUGGAGGACCUUGGAAACCCAACGGGGAAGCCGAGAAAAUUGGACACCACCCUGGUAUGGCAUUGAAUCAGCCACAUAGUGAUUCAGUGAAGCGACAGUUUGACUCUUAUGACGUCGAAUCUUCCUACGCCGAGAUCAUUGAUGGAUCCACAAAAACACUCGACUUUUCUAGACACUAUGCUUCAAUUGCCCACCAAAACCAACGCUCCGGUCCUAUCCUGGGAACCUUACCGUCUUUACAUGAACUCGAUGAUUUAAUACAACAGCAGCAACGCAACCAUGAGGCUCUUUUGCGAAUUCGUAGCGCUGUCGUGAGCCAGGAACAUGCGCUAGCCGAACAAAGAGUUCAGCAACGUCACGGCAAGAUCGAAAAUGGAUAUGAUGAUGAGCACUCGAGUUUAUAUCAAGAUGGAUUUAAAAGCCCUGGUGGAUUUACCAGUGGUGAUGCAAAGAAAAGACGAGGCAAGGCAGCUCCCCCGGGACGAUGCCACAGCUGUAAUCGCGCCGAAACCCCCGAAUGGCGUCGUGGUCCAGACGGUGCUCGUACUUUGUGCAACGCAUGCGGUCUUCAUUAUGCUAAGCUGACUCGAAAAAUGGGACAAAACAAAGCCGCUGCCCUAGCAUCGAACCUUAAACCAAAAAAUCUUGAUUCCUCUUCGCCAGUACAUCGAUGA